AUGGAAAAGUGGAAGGAUAUUCCUUUUUCGAAGGAGGAGGAAGAAGGGGUGAUAGCGGCGGAAGAUGAAAUCUGUGAGGAGGAAUCGUUUCAACGCACUUUGGCAGGGAGGUUGUGGACUGAUAGUAACUUCAAUGCAAGAGCUUUCAAGAGUACAAUGCUGAAUGCGUGGAAGCUAAAAAAUCCAGUAGACAUACAAGAUCUCAGCAAAAAUCUAUUUCUCUUCAAGUUUACAACGAAAAGAGAUUUAGAUACAAUAUUGAGGAAUGGUCCAUGGAGUUUUGAUAGAUCCCUACUUGUGUUAAACCGAAUCUCCGGGGAGGAACAACCCUCUGAGCUCAAGAUGCAUUACGGAUCUUUUUGGGUACGAAUCUAUGAACUCCCUCUGAUGCUUCGUUCUGAAACCAUGGCGCGGAAAAUAGGUAACAUUAUUGGGGUUUUCGAAGAAAUGGAUGGUCGGGAAACCUGUAGGACGGGGCGUUUUCUUCGAAUCAAGGUGACAAUAGAUCUGAAGAACCCCCUAAAGAGAGGCACGGUGGUUAAGUUCAAGGAAAAAGACAAGAGAGUUCAUUUCAAAUAUGAGAGGUUACCAACCUUUUGUUUCAUGUGUGGAAGACUUGGACACCAGCUUAAAGACUGCGAGUCAUUAGAGGAACUCACAGAGGAAGGUUUUGAAGAGCUUGACGAACAGGACUUGUCGUAUGGUCAGUGGCUGAGGGCCUCUCCACUUCCAAAGAUGACUGAAGACCAAAGGAAGAGGGAUUCGAGUUCUGGAACUUGUAGCAGAUCUCUCUUCCCAUCUUCUACUAGUCAAAGUAGAUGUAGCCCAAAAGAAAUUGCCAAUGGGGCGGAAGCAGAAGCAGAAGUUCAGCAGAAAAAGAGCUUGGAAGAGGAAACAGGAGCGGAAGGAAAUAAUAUAACACCUCAAGGUGGGAAAAACUUGGACAUUGAGGUGGUAGCAGAAUCCUUUGGUGCGGUGGCGAUCAACACCGAUGUGAAGAAAGGAGGCGAACACCCAAAACCAUCAGAACCACAAAGGAGAAAAUGGAUACGAAGGAAGAGCACCAAGAAACAUAUGAGUAAUAAGCAGAAGGAGAAGGCAAUUGAAAGUUCGAAGAGACAACUUGUCGAUGUCAUGAUAACUGAAGGUACUAUUGAAGACUGUAUGAGUGGCGAAAAGAAGAGAAGACAGGAAGAGGCUGCCCCGGAAACCACAAACUUGUUACCAGAGGUGGUGUUGGAUACCCAACACCGCCUACAACAAUGA